GCUACCGUUUAACCGCACAGCUGAACUGCAGUGCAGCAGCGGAGAGCGUAUCGCUGGCUGUGUCAACUUUAGCUUGCCUGUUUACCACAGUUUAGCAGCCUUUGUUUUGCUCAAGAUGGGAACAAGAGACGAUGAAUAUGACUACUUGUUUAAAGUGGUCCUGAUCGGAGACUCUGGUGUCGGGAAGAGUAACCUUCUGUCCCGUUUCACCCGGAACGAGUUCAACCUGGAGAGCAAAAGUACCAUUGGAGUGGAGUUUGCUACUCGCAGCAUUCAGGUGGAUGGCAAGACUGUGAAAGCCCAAAUAUGGGACACGGCUGGGCAGGAGCGCUACAGAGCCAUUACCUCAGCGUACUACCGUGGUGCUGUGGGGGCUCUGCUGGUGUACGACAUUGCUAAGCACCUGACCUAUGAGAAUGUGGAGCGCUGGCUGAAGGAGCUGAGAGACCAUGCAGACAGCAACAUUGUCAUCAUGCUGGUCGGCAACAAAAGCGACCUGCGGCACUUGCGGGCAGUGCCGACUGAUGAGGCGCGUGCCUUCGCAGAAAAGAAUGGGCUAUCUUUCCUUGAGACAUCGGCUCUGGAUUCCACUAACGUGGAGACAGCCUUUCAGACCAUCCUGACUGAAAUCUACCGCAUCGUGUCCCAGAAGCAGAUGUCAGACCGCCGGGACAAUGACAUGUCACCUAGCAACAACGUGGUCUCCAUCCAGGUCCCGCCCACUGAGAAUAAACCAAAGAUGCAGUGUUGCCAGAGCAUCUAGCCCCAUCCUCUUCCCCCAGCCCACCUGCAGAAGCCCCCCCCCCCCCCAUCCCCAGCCAUUUCUUAAAGACUGCUUUGGUUCCGAGACACAGCUGCAUGCCCGGCCUUGAGCACAGAAGCUGUGUUUCUAAACCUCAGAUCUCAAAAGGGUCACCACCUGCACUCUGGACUCAGCUUGAGGUUGUUUUUUGUUUUCCCCUUUUUUGUAGAAUUUCUUUUCCUUUUUUUUUUUUUUUUUUCUUUUUCUUUCUUUUUUUUUUUUUUUUUUUGCACUGUGGUAGGCUUUUAUAUUGCAGAUCUCUAAUCAGUCAUGCUGAACUUCACAGAAAUGUCUUAAUAUAUGAUUUCAUUUGCAAAAGGUGUUUGGUUCACUAUGGUCUAUGUCUUGUGUGGCCACCUCUUGUUUGUGGCUGUGACAGGACUAUAGACCUGCAGUGCUGGAGGUGUUACUGUAUCAUAGUGUUGUGAUGUAGAGAGGUAGGAUUAUCUCUAAUAGAUGGCGUUAGAUUAGCAUUAGGUGCCAGAGACCACUAAUUUCCCUACUUUUGGCUAUGACUGCAUACUUCACUUCGCAUGUAAACUUAAAUGCCGUCUAAAGAACACUUUUGUCACAUAUUUUGACAUUGGCUGUAAGCGGGUGGGGCGGGUGUGUGAAACAACAGUCACCUUGACACUAGUGAUUCCUGGUCCAUUCCUAAAGAUGAAUAUGCUUGCAUGCUUUAUACCACUGUUUGCUUUUUGUUGUGUGCUGAAGGACAAGCAGCCCCAUAACUCUGGUAUAUGGGGGGCAUCUUGGACAUCAGUCAGCACCUGCUGCCUCCAACACCCAUCCUGUGCUUCUCCGGUAGAGUAGUGGGUUUAGUGCCUUUCCCAAUGGAACAUCACAUGGGGAUGCCUCAAGUUUGGUCCCUUUUGGGGGUGGGGGGUGUUACGACUUUGCAGUGAGGCCUUUAUCACGAGUCCCCAUUGUGCUGUGGUAGUGGCAUUCAUUCUGUCCAUCAUGACUACUCCCUUUCUCUGGACACUUUCUGCCCUUUCAUGUGAACUCCGUUCUGUGCAAGUAAUACGUUUCAUGUUGUAGCCAGGUAAAAUAGCCAGAGUAAAUGUGUGGGGAAACGAUGACUGAUGUCAAAAUUUAGAUUAAGCAGAUUUAUGCACAAAAAGGUGUUUGAAUGUCUUGAAAUUUUACUUUGAUGCCUGUAAAUAUAGGCCCAGAUUUAUUUGACAGCAUUCUGAACACACUAGAUAGUUAACUGUGUCAUAAGUUUAGAUAGAGAGUCUUACACAGUCCACCUGUCUUAGACUCGAGACUGUUGCUCAUGGCAUCACCACAGCAACUCUCCCCGAAAGUAGUGCACUCAUUAGAGAAGCUAAAGAGGGACUAAUGCUGCUUAACACCACACACAGUACUUAUCUAGCACCUGCAGUACAUAAUGUAUGACUGAGAAUGGAGCUUUUCUGUGUCUUUGCACCAAAUACAAUAUUUCUUUCCUUGACUAACCCACACUACAGCUAAUUCUUUACACCAUUAACAAGUAUUUAUUCUGUAGUAGCCAACUGAUUUGUUAGCUUAUUAUUGUGCCCAUUAUGUAAGAAACUUGAAAUUGUAGACUGCAAGGUCUAUGGAAAAUUAUCAAAAUAAAUGUAUAAGAAUAAGGAUGUAUAAUGUAUUGUAGCCCAGUAUAAUCUUGUUGUGAUUAGACAUUCCUGUGCUUCAGUUGAUGUGGGAAUGACCACAUGCUGCAAGGGUUUUGUGCAUCAUGGCUGUCUAAGGAGUAGUGGUGUUUGUGAAAUAUAAAUGAUUGUGAGGACUGGAAAUGUAACUCAUAGUAUAUCACAGUGGCACCAAAUGACCUCAGAGAUACUCGAGAACAUCAGCUACUCAGCCUUCAUCCCUAAAGAGGUCAUCACAGAAGGUCACAUGUAACUGCUACUCAUCUGAGGGAGCAGGUCUGUAAUCAGACACUAAGUGGUAGCUCUUCAGGGUUAGGGGUGGGAAAGUUGUUCCCAGGGCAGCAGUGGCUGACGUAAUAAUACAGAAUCAGAACGAAUACUGUGGACUGCCAGUCUAAAUGUAUAGGUGUAAGCCUUUUGUCUGAUGUUCAGAAAACUGCGCCUGGCUCAGAACUGGCUCCUUAUAGCCAUAGCAACAUGGAUGUAAAGAAGGAGCCACACUGUGCACAUAUAAAGUCGGGUGCUCUGUCUUUGUGCAUUCUGUGUC